AUGGCUGGCUCAGGUACAGCUAAACCAGGCCUUUAUCCUGCAGAGUCACCCAACACCGAGGAGACCUGGGAGUUGUCAGCAGACAACAGCUGCUCAGGCUGGUGCCCCAGACGAGGCCCUUCCCCAGGAGCAGGUGCUGGCACCCUGAGCAGAGCGGAGCACCAGCUUCCUGAGGAGGGUCCUGGAAACCUGGAGCUGCAGAGGACUUCCCCAGGGAGACCGGAGGAGAGGAGCUCCCUGACACCUGAGCCGGGCCAAGUGCAGAGCGGGCAGGGCAGGCCUCCAAAGCAGGAGGAGAGCUGGGAGCUCCGGGAGGUGUUUGAGGACGUGGCCGUGUAUUUCUCACGGAAGGAGUGGGAGCUGCUGGAAGAUGAUGACAAGGUGCUUUACCAGGACCAGAUGCUGAAGAAUUACCAAGCCCUCGUUUCCCAGGGAUAUGGAGGUCUCACACCUGACUUAAUCUGCCGCAUCCAGCGAGGAGAGGUGGAGCUGUGGGUCUGUGAUGAUGAGGAUGGUGGGGAAACCUCAAGGUUGGAGGACCUGCUGCCAGGAGGUGCCUGGUUGCUGCACAGAGCUGAGAAGCAGCCUCCUGUGGAAGGACCUGCAGACCUGGAGCCAGCAUGGACUUCCCCAGGGAGUUUGGGCGAGAUGGACACCCCGAGACCAGAUAAGGACCAAUGGCACAAGAGUCAGGGGAGGCCCCAAAAGGAAAGGGAGAAUGAAGCAGUGAACCAGGUACCAUCUGCAGUUGGGUGUGAGAGUGGAGAAGGGGCAGAGCCCGGACAGAGCCCUGGGUGCAGAGAAGAAGUGGAGCUGGGAGAGCUGAAGAGCCCCUGGAAAGAGGCACUGCAUCCGGAUGAAAGCAGUGGGGAGGGUGUCAGGGGGAAGCAGGAGCUCACGGGCAGGCACAGGGGCAGAGCCCACCCCUGCCCUGAGGUCAGAAAAAGCUUUAACAGCCCCUCACUCCUGGCUCUACACAAGAUGAGACAUACUGGCAAGAAGCCCCAUGUAUGUGCCAAGUGCGGGAAGAGCUUCACCUGGUCCUCCCACCUGAUCCAGCACCAGUUCAUGCACACAGGGGAGAAGCCACAUAGGUGCUCAAAAUGUGGGAAGAGAUUCACCCGCUCCUCUGACCUGGCUCAGCACCAGCGCACCCACGUGGAAGGGAAGGCAUAUCAGUGCUUGGAGUGUGGGAAGAGAUUCCCUCAAUCCUCCCAUCCGGCCAAACACCAGCUUUUCCACACAGGGGAGAAGCCGUAUCAGUGCUCAGAGUGUGGGAAGAGCUUCAUCUCCUCCUCCAAACUGGCCCAUCAGCAGCACAUCCACACAGGAGUGAGGUCACAUCGGUGCCUAGAGUGUGGAAAGAGCUUCACCUGCUUCUCCACACUGCUCCGGCACCAGGUCAUCCACACAGGGGAGAAGCCACAUCGGUGUUCAGUGUGUGGGAAGGGCUUCCUUUCCUCCUCUGACCUGGCUCGACACCAAUGCAUCCACACAGGGGAGAAGCCACAUCGGUGCUCAGAGUGUGGGAAGAGAUUCACCCGCUCCUCUGACCUGGCUCGGCACCAGCGCACCCACGUGGAAGGGAAGGCAUAUCAGUGCUUGGAGUGUGGGAAGAGAUUUCCUCAAUCUUCCCAUCUAGGCAAACCCCAGCUUUUCUGCACAGGGGAGAAGGCAUAUCGGUGCUCAGAAUAUGCAAAGAGCUUCAUUUGUUCCUCUGACCUGGCUCAACACCAAUGCAUCCACUCAGGGGAGAAGCCGCAUCAGUGCUCAGAGUGUGGGAAGAGUUUCACCCGCUCCCUGAACCUGAUCCGGCACCAGGUGAUCCACACAGGGGAGAAGCCACAUUGGUGCUCUGUGUGUGGAAAGAGCUUCACCCAGUCCUCCCACCUGAUCCGGCACCAGUUAAUCCACAAAUGGGAGAAGCCAGGGUGGUGUUUCGAGUGUGGGGAGAGCUUCCUUUCCUCCUCUGACCUGGCCCAACACAAGUGCAUCCACACAGGGGAGAAGCCACAUCGGUGCUCAGAGUGUGGAAAGAGCUUCACCCGCUCCUCCAACCUGGUCCAGCACCAGAUGAUCCACACAGGGGAGAAGCCACAUCGGUGCUUAGAGUGUGGGAAGAGCUUCACCCGCUCCUCCCACCUGACCCAGCAUUGGUUCAUCCACACCCGGAAGCAUCCAUAGUUUUGGGGGCAAUGCAGGAAAGUGUUUGGGUAUGCCCACCUGCUCAGUGCCACCAGUGGCUGCCUUGAGGCAAGCAGCCUCGUGCUGGUGGACUGCAGCAAGAGUUCACCCAGCCUUGGCCCUUCUAUGGACCUGCAGACCCCACAGGAGCCAGAGGCUGGCCCCGAGGUUUGGUGAUGGAAGGGGCUAAGAGGAAAUACCUGAGGCAGAGGCCAGUCUAGACGCUGGAAGAACCGGUGGCCGACCUCUGCAUCAGCCUUGGAGCCUGUGUCUGUGCCAUCAUUCUCUAAAAGUGAUCUAUGCUUCAAGGGGGAGAAGAAAAGGCUCCAAAAUCGGGUGCCUCUCCAAGACAACUGGCUCCAAAAGACACCCAGGGACUGUCCUUGGCCAGCUCCCACCUCCCUCCUCCAUCCUGGCCCCCUGGAUUCUGGUGUGUCAGGCACCAGAGUUGCAGGAAGGAGGACAUUUAUGGCUGGAGAAGCAUUUCCAGUCCUCUGCCCUAACCUCACCUCUCUUCCCCACUACAUGACACCUCCCUAGACCUGCACAUGCCCAUCGUGGUCUGCAAGGAGCUCAGCUGCCACCCCCUGAGUCCAACGUGGCAGGUUUUGCUUCUCAGCCACUCUUCAGUGGGUUUUUUUAGCCCUUGGGUGCUGGAGGUGCCAUGUCCUGCUGUGAACUCUGCAGGAUCAUAUCUUGCUGACAAAUCUGCUUAGUUUUUAUACUGUUUCUUCAAGGCAUUUUGCUUGAUGGUUGGCCUAUUUCAGUCUGAACAAAACAGGGAGGAAAAGGUUGAUUAUCAUAUCACAACUCUUAAUUGCCGGGCUCCUGCUCUUGAUUGUCUAGAUUUAAAGACUGUGUGUCUGUAGCCCCUGUAAUAAUGGGUCAAUCACAGAUGAUGGGCUUUGAGUGUCCGACAGGAUACUUAGAGGUGUCACCACUAAACCUGUUUUGGGGUGCGUGUAUAUCAAUGGGGAGCUUGUACUGGUGGUGGUCUAUUUACCAAACUGCAGACAUACAGUGAAUGGCUUGGACAUGUCUAACACCUUAGAGUGACAUUGGAUUCCUGGUUUGAGCAAUGUGAGACUGUCGGGGACAGAACAUCCUCCCUGUAUUCAGUGUACCUUUUACAGGUUUCUUUUGAGAUGCA